AUGUACCAAUUCCCACUUCGUAUCGCUCGUCGGACCCCACAACUCACCCCUACAUCAUUACUACAAACCCCAAUCCAGAAAUACUACCAUGAUCGCAAGCAAUUAUCCCAUCCACAUGCCAUAAAGCCAUCAAAGACCGAACUAUCAAAUAAGCAACUCACGCCACAAAACCUCGAAACAGCCAUCCACUCCACUCCCUCUUCCACGACGCUUAACGCAAAAAUGAUCCAAGACGCCUACACCCUGCAAGCCAGAAACGAAAACAGCCCUUACAACUACAACCCAGGAAACAUCCAGCAAGACCCACCCCCAACAAGAGGAUACUUCUCCAAAGAUAUCUUCCUGAAUCCAAUCGCCAUCCAAAUCACCUCAACAGCCCUAGGCCCCCGUCCUAAAUGGACCUUCUGCUCAGGUAACACCGCCAUGCCACCAACCAGUACCUGUCCCCCCACUUCGCAGCCCGUACACACCGACGCGGAUUUCGAUCAUCCCUCGCAUCCAUUCGCCUACGUUAUCAACGUCCCUCUGGUUACUAUGACGCCUGAGAAUGGAUCCACGGAAAUUUGGCUCGGCACGCACGCGGACUCAGGUCUGCAUGUGCAAGAGGGAGCGCAUGGCGCGGAUCGCGCUAGUGGACGGAUUAAGAUGCACGAGUUGGAGAAACGUCGUGCUGUGAGACUGCCCUGUCAGCCUGUUGUGCCGAAGGGGUCAUUAGUCAUUCGGGAUUUGAGGCUUUGGCAUGCGGGCAUGGGGAAUUGGACGGGGGAUGUGAGGGUUAUGUUGGCGAUGAUUCAUUUUGCGCCGUGGUAUCGGAAUAGGAUGAGGUUGGAACUUGCGGAGGAAUUGAGGCCCAUGGUUGAGAGGGAAACUGGGUUGGAGGUUCCGGUUGAUUGGGUGUCCGAGGAGGAGGCGUUGGCGCGGUACUUGAAUCGGGGAUUCGGAAAUGAGUAUGAUUUUAGUCAGGAGCUGUAG